GCCACGCACGUUUGUGAAUACACACGACACGAAUAAAUUCUCGUUAGUUCAGUAAAUAACAAAUAACCACAGUACUUUUUUGUCAGAAUUUUAAUUUUUUGGUGUUUAUUAAUAAAAACAGUUUCAACCAGAAGGGUGGUAACAAUGAGGUUUGCACAGAUUGUAAUGGGGCCAGCAGGCACAGGAAAGAGCACUUACUGCAGCCAUUUAGAAAAACGUGCAGAAGCAUCACAUAGGAACAUUAGAAUAGUGAAUUUGGACCCAGCAGCAGAGACGUUCAAUUACGAACCUUUAGCUGACGUAAGGGAGCUUAUCCAAGUGGAGGAUGUAAUGGAGGAUGAAGAUUUACAUUUAGGUCCAAACGGAGCACUAUUGUAUUGCAUGGAGUUUCUCAUGGACAACUUGGAGUCCUGGUUGUUACCAGCAAUCGGAGAGCAGUGGGAUGGUGACUAUUUAGUUUUCGAUUGUCCUGGACAAAUAGAACUGUAUACACAUAUGGACACGAUGCAACGAUUUGUGAAACAACUUCAAGAUUGGGAUUUUCGCCUAUGUGGCAUCUAUACCAUUGACGCCCACUUCCUCACGGAUGGCAACAAAUUUAUUGCUGGGUCGCUUACUGCCUUGGGCACCAUGAUCAAUUUGGAAAUUCCUCACAUGAACAUUCUUACUAAAAUGGAUCUUCUGAGUAAGCAUGACAGAAAGAACAUUGAACGAUUCUUAGAACCUGAUGCGCUGGAACUAUUGAAUGAAGAGAUUGAAACCCCUUGGAACAAAAAAUUUCUCAAGUUGUCAGAAGCACUGGGGAAAGUACUAGAAGACUAUAGCUUAGUAAAAUAUUUCCCGUUGGAUAUAAGGAAAGAAUCAAACAUGGAAAAUUUAUUGUUAAUGGCAGAUCUUGUUAUGGGUGUGUCUGAAGAUGCGGAUGUUAAAGUUAAAGAUCCGCCUGAAGAAGAAAAUCAAGAUGAUGACUGAAUUUAUGUAUUAACUUUACUAUAUAAAAUGAGUGUUUUAUUAUUAUUAAAUUAAAACAAGGUUAAAAUUA